GCACUUAGACUUUUUUUUAAAUAAGAAGGAUUUUUAAAGUGGAGCGACACUAGCUUAAAAUGUAUGUAGCUAGAAACAGUUUUAAGUUGCAAGCAUUUUUACAAUCCGAUGUUGCAAGCCAAAUUGCAAAGUGUGUUGGGUUCAGACAAAUAUAUGACAUUAUUCUUGCUGUCUUUUUGACAGCAAACUUCCCAAACCCCAAUUCAGAAAUCCAACCCAGCCAAAAAUGAAAACAAACUGCUAACGAAUGGCGGUUGGAAAUAAUUUUAUUGUGGAUCUACAAAGAAAUAAAUAAAUAAUAAGCAUUUUGACUCGGGCGAUUCAGAGAAAAACCUCAAAAUGCCUAGUGAAAUGAUAACUCUCCAGCUGGGCCAAUGCGGCAAUCAAAUUGGCUUCGAGUUCUGGAAGCAGCUAUGCAUAGAACACGGAAUAUCUCCAGAGGGGAUUCUGGAGGAGUUCGCAUCCGCAGGCUCCGAUCGAAAAGAUGUGUUUUUCUACCAGGCCGAUGACGACCACUACAUUCCUCGCGCUGUCUUGCUGGACUUGGAACCCCGUGUCAUUCACACUAUUAUGAACUCACCAUAUGCAAAGCUAUACAACCCAGAAAAUGUGUAUUUGUCAAAGCAUGGAGGUGGAGCAGGAAACAACUGGGCUUCUGGUUUUGCCCAGGGUGAGAAACUCAACGAGGAAGUGUUUGAUAUCAUCAACCGGGAAGCUGAUGGCAGUGAUAAUUUGGAGGGCUUCGUGCUGUGUCACUCGAUAGCAGGAGGCACGGGUUCGGGCAUGGGCUCGUACAUCCUGGAGCACCUCUCUGACAGGUUUCCUAAGAAGCUGGUGCAGACUUACAGUGUCUUCCCAAAUCUGGAUGAAAUAAGCGAUGUGGUGGUCCAGCCAUACAACUCUCUGUUGACCCUGAAGCGUCUCACGGAGAGCGCCGACUGCGUGAUGGUGCUGGACAACACGGCACUGAACAGGAUAGCCAGUGACCGCCUCCACAUACAGAACCCCUCAUUCGCACAGAUCAACACAUUGGUCUCUACUAUCAUGAGUGCUAGCACUGCCACGUUACGAUAUCCGUCGUACAUGAACAACGAUCUGAUCAGCCUGGUGGCGCCGCUGAUCCCCACUCCUCGGCUGCAUUUCCUCAUGACCGGAUACACGCCGCUCACUGCCGACCACGAAUUAAAUACCGCGCCAAAGAUCCGCAAGACGACAGUUCUGGACGUGAUGCAGCGGCUGCUGCAGCCCAAGAACAUGAUGGUGUCGCUCAGCCCCGAUCGCACCAACCGCCACUGCUAUAUAUCCAUACUCAACAUUAUACAGGGAGAAGUGGACCCCUCCCAGGUGCACAAAUCACUCCAGCGCAUUCGCGAGCGGAAACUGGCGUCGUUCAUACCGUGGGGCCCCGCGUCCAUACAGGUGGCGUUGUCCCGGAGGUCGCCGUACGUGCACGCCUCACAUAAAGUGUCCGGGCUGUUGCUGGCCAACCACACUAAUAUCUCUUCCCUGUUCGACCGAUGCCUGCAACAAUACGACAAGCUGCGCAAGCGCGAGGCUUUCCUCGAACAAUUCCGCAAGGAGCCCAUGUUCAAGGAAUCUCUGGAGGAAUUCGACGAGUCCCGCAGCGUGGUGGACGACUUGGUGCAGGAGUACCAGGCCGCAGCCACACCCGACUAUGUGCAUUGGAACCCGGAGAGCAGCCAAAUAUAACAAGAGACGCAGUGAUAAUUGGAAUACUAACUUCAUCAAGAGAUGUGACAUUGGGUUCAGGAGGAUACCGGAGGAAGUACUCUCGCACGUUAAGUAUUAAUUUAUAAUGUGCCAUUAUAUGUUAUCACGUGAAUAACUUGUUAACGUUUCUCGAAUGUUAUGUACUGAAAACAAUUUUUGUUAUCUAUAAUAAUUAAGUUUAGGAUCAAUGUCUGGAAUCUCAUUUAUGAGUACGCGCCACCAAAGCCCUCAAUAUGUGGUGUGUGUAAUAACAGAUUGGCCACGUUGUUGUUGUUAGAGACUAUAACGCCGCGUCCAGGGACUAUUUUCGUGGCGCAUACUUUAGCAUCUAAUAUCAAAGAUUCACUAGUUAUUAGUUUCCAUAGAAGCCAGAAUGUCUAUUCCGAGUAUUUGGUUGCUUUAGAGCGUCUGAAGAACAGGGGCUGUUUCCAUGGAAAUCUGAAUGUUUAGUUUCAAAAGCAUAUCCAGUUAUUUACAAACAAGAUGUUCAAUCUUAGACACUAAUUUUCAGUACAAUAUUUUAGUUGUAACAUGAAAUAAAACAAACUGCUUUUUUACCAA